ACUGUUUUUUGAGGUCGUGGUUUCUCCCGUCAAGCUUCACGUUUCUUUGUGUGGUUGAUUCUUCAUCUGCUUCGGCUGCUGCCGUGUAACAUUUUCAAACUGGGCAGCUCCGUUAAGCGGCGUCGUUUUGAAUCCAACUUGAGGAGAUGACGAGUAUUCUGACCAGUCGCCCAUGGUUGCCUGCUGUAAGAGAGAGUUUCAAUUUUCUCCGCAACGGAGCUGAUUGCAGAUUCCUCUGUUUUGGUUGUUCGAAUCAGGACGCCCACGUGCGAGCCACUGCCGGCGGCGGUCUCAAGCGGCGUCGAAGUAGGCAUUCCCCGGUCGUUUUCGCCGGUAAAUUGGAGGAUGGAGCUGAAGAAGACGAUGGCGACUCCGAGGCUGAGCAUGAUGCCGAGCGGGAAGAUUCUGAAGAAAGCGGGAGUAGCUCUAUUAACAGUGAUAUCCUCAGGGCAAACCUCGAAAGAAUUGUCGGGUCAGAUGACUCCAGCUUCAGUGGAAUUGAUCUUGCCACUCUUAUAAGGAAUAAAUAUGGGAGGUCAUACGACGUCCAGUUGAUCAAGAAGGAAUUCAUGGGCAGAAAUCUCCUAGCUUUGAAUGUCAUGUGGAAGUACAUGGAACAGAGAUCAUUCCCGCUGACCGAAGAAGAGUACAUAUUGAGACUUGACGGUGUAGCCAACACUUUAAAAUGUUGGGGAGCUGUCUCGCAUGUCCGGAACAGUCUUCAGAAGUUGAAAGAACGACCUCGGAUAGGAAAGGCCGUGAGCAUCUUUAUCGACAUGGAUGAGUCGGGAGGCCGGGCAAAGGAAUGGAUAUACAAGUAGACACAAAAUCAACCAAAAGAAAUGCCUCCAAUGGACACACUUGGACACAAGAUUACAUCUCCUAUGCAUCGCAACUGUGGACUUCUAGCUCAACCUAUUCACUCUAGUCACUUACAGUUACAGGCGUAAUGUAAUGUAAAAAAAUUAUGAAAGACUCUUGCUUCUUGUAUAGCUGCAGUGUUAAAUAGUUCACACUGCCGGAGAGGAUGCUGGGUUGAUGCAAUUGUAUUUUUUAGUAAAUUUGAUAAUAAACAUAUUUUGACAGGCAAAA